UAUAAAUAGGUGCACACAUAUACAAUCUUUCUUUCCUUCAUUACUUACAAAGAGUUGUAUGUUAUUUGGCGCGAGAUUUUAAUAUCUCUUAUUUAAUAAAAUUUGUCUUUCAAUAAAGUUGAUAUUGAAAAAAAUUUAUGCAAACAUUCAAUUAGCAUGUAUAAAUGACAUUCUUACAAUAAAUAAAUUAUGUCCAAUUUAUCUCAUGUACAACGUGUUAGAGUACUGUACAAAGCAAUUUUAAGGUUACAUCGUGGUUUACCAGCUGAAAUUCAAGCUGUAGGAACUAGUUAUGUACAAGAUGAGUUCAGAAGACAUAAAAAUUGUGAUGAAGCUACAGCAGCUAUAUUUUUGAAGGAAUGGACAGAGUAUGCUAUAAUGCUUACUAAACAACUUGGACUAAAAGGGCCUCAUACAGCUAAGCCUCUAGGUAAAAAUUUAAAAGAAGAAGAUUUAGACAAAUUUAGGAAUGAACAAAUGUACCAGUUGUAUGAGCUAAUGAUCGCAGCUACUGGUAAAACUAAUAAUGAUGGAAAAGACAAAUAGUUUAUUAUCGCUACAACGUCAAAGCACUUCAUAUUUUAUAGUUUUUGAGAUAUGUAAUAUUACAUAUCAUAGUGUAUUAUCAAUGUAGUUAUAAUUUACUCAUAUCAUUAUUUAUGUACAUAAAUAAUCCAUAAAAAUUUAGACUUGAACAAGAUGCCUUAUAAUAAUACUCAUUAACACUAGUGUUUAAUAAACUUGUACAUAAAGUAUAUUAAAUAUUAGUGUACUAUAGCAUAUUUAAUGUUGUAAAAAAUAUAAAAUAUUACAAUAAAGAAAUUACAGAGUGCAGAAAAAAGAAAACAAUGUUUAAC